AUGGACCACGAUUCUUCAGCAUAUCGAGACAUAACCCCACCAACGUACGCGCGGCCAUCACCGGUCCAGACCCUCAGUUCGAGCCAAACUAUCGAGGUCGAAAUUGGUGGCAAACACCAUUAUGUCCACUCAUCAGACUCAAUCUUACAUGAGGAGCUUGCUACCGCAGUGUCCUCGACCCAACAUCAAUUCAUGGACCAGGACAACCCUUUUCUGACCCAGCCAGCAAAGACCACAAUGCAGGACUCGUCCCCAGCCUCAUAUCGGCAGCGGGAGCGCCGGUCUGUUGCACAGAUCGCACGCGCGUUCGAGGAGGACGACGAUAACCCAUUCUUAAUCAGCAAUAAGCCGAUAGCGACCAAGAAACGGCCAUAUGUUGUACAGGAGGAGCGCUCAUAUAGCGAUAUAACCACCGCUCCGACCGCCUCAACUGCCCCAUCCCAAGGAUCGUCAUCUUCAACGUACAUCGAUUCAUCACGACCGUCAGAACCCACGGCAAAGACGCCACCACCACAGCCAAGGCAUUUCCAGUCUCGCACCUCAAAAUCCAAGCGAUCAGGGGACACGCUCGAUUACAGCAGUGUUACUGUGGAAGACUUAAAGCGAUCUCGCAAGGAGUUGAAGGCAUGGGAAGCCAAUUUCAAGAACACGCACCAGCGCACAGCAACACAGGAUGAUAUUACAAAAGAUGAGGCCAUGGGUAAGCGUUAA